CUGGAACAACGACAAGUCGCACCUCCGUACAACCCGAGCGUGGAAAGUGACCGAGAUCUGCAACAUUUCGAUACACAGUUCACAGACGAAGCACCUACUCUCACCCCAGAUGAUCCGAGUGUCAUAGCGAAAAUUGAUCAGAGCGAAUUUGAUGGGUUCGAAUACGUGAAUCCACUGCAGAUGAGCAAAGAAGAUUCUGUAUGA